AUGUCUGCUGAACGCUUUGACUGCCAUUACUGCAAGGAGUCCUUGCUGGGGAAGAAGUACAUCCUGAAGGAGGACACCCAGUACUGCACUAAAUGCUAUGAGAAUCUGUUUGCUAACAGCUGUGACGAAUGCACCCUGCCUAUCGGAUGCAACAGCAAGGACCUGUCCUAUAAGGAGCGCCACUGGCACGACCAGUGCUUCAAGUGUGCCAAAUGCAGCCGCUCCCUGGUGGAGAAGGCCUUCGCCGCCAAGGACGAGCUCCUGCUCUGCACCGACUGUUACUCUCACGAGUACUCCUCCAAGUGUAACACCUGCAAGAAGACCAUCAUGCCAGGCUCAAGGAAGAUGGAGUACAAAGGGAAUAGCUGGCAUGAGACCUGUUUCCUGUGCCAGCGCUGCCAACAGCCAAUAGGAACCAAGUCCUUCAUCCCCAAAGACAAUGGCUACUUCUGUGUCCAGUGCUAUGAGAAGCAGUUUGCCUACCAGUGCUGUGCUUGUAAAAAAGCUAUAACCACUGGUGGAGUGACCUACCAGGACAAGCCGUGGCACAGGGAGUGUUUCCAGUGCAUCGGCUGCAAGAAGCAGCUGGCAGGGCAGCGCUUCACCUCCCGAGAGAACUACCCCUACUGCCUGGAGUGCUUCAGCAACCUCUACGCAAAGAAGUGCGUUGGCUGCACCAAACCCAUUACAAGCCUGGCUGGAUCAAAGUACACCUCGUUUGAGGAGCGUCAGUGGCACAGCGAGUGCUUCACCUGCAUGCAGUGCUCCGUGUCGCUGGUGGGCCGAGGCUUCCUCACACAGAGGGACGACAUCCUGUGCACCGAUUGCGGACGGGAGAAGUGAGAUGGCCAAAGAUAUGUACAACAAACAAACAGCAAACAAGGCU